GAAUCUUUCAACCAGCUGUAGGAGAUGGAUCGACUGAUCACUUUCACUAAUAUUAUUGGACGUUACUGAUUGAUCGCUUUGGCUCUGGUCGGUCAUUUGCGAUAGUGUUGUUAGGUACUUUUUGUACACAUAUAUGUGUUAUACACUUAACUUUGCACAUUAUAUCCUUUCCGGCAAAGGAAAACUUUGGCCCUCAAGGGUAUAUUCUGGCACAAUGCGCCGAAUGUUUUCCCUUUCCUCCCCUCUUUCGUCAGUCUUUUUUCACAAACCAAGUAGUAGUGUGUGUUUAGCUAGUGUAUACAGUGUAGUUAUAUCGAUAUAUUAUUAUUUGUAAGUAGUUUUCGACACUUUAUAUAGCCUAGUUCAGGGGCGGAGCUAGGAUCCAGAGAUCGGGGGCGAACUUUUUUAUAGUAUCCGUCAAAAUGUUCUAAGAAGAUAAAUAAUAAUAAUAAUAAUAAUAAAUAAUAAUUCAUUCAUUAUAGAAACCCAAACAGUAUUUUAAAAACCCAAGCAAUAUUUUAGAUAAUUAAAAGAUAUAAACAUGUGUUAUAAACUCAAAUUUUAUGUAAUAGUCUAUUCAAAAUAAAUAGUAAAUGGCCAGUAUACUUCAUCUUUAAUUAUCUGGUUUGAACUUUAAAAUUAGAAAAUAUAUGAAGAUGAAGUACAAAAGUUAAGUAGUUAGUUCAAAUUUUAAGCAAAAAUUAAACCAAAAAGAGAAAAUAUGCAAAAAUAUGGUUUUGUUAGGGAUUGAACCUGAGUACCUGGUAGAUACUAAGAGCUACUUUCCGCUGGACUAGAGCUAGUCAAAGGUUAUUGUUUUUGCGCGGAACUGUAAUUGUAUAAUAGAUAAUUUCUUCUAAAUUUCCAAAAUUCUCGAUAUUUUUACACGCCAUCCUCAGAAUUCUCGAGGUAGCUCCGCCCCUGGCCUAGUUAUCACUUUUAUGUAGUUAUAUCAAUAUAUUAAGUGGAUAUUAUGAGCGUGCAUGAAUAUAAGGAAAUAUGCUUGAACAAUUGGCAAUUAAAGAUGCGUAAAAAUGUAGGUUUAUGUGUGAAUAGUGGGACAUCUUACCGGGAGACAUAUAUUUUUUCAUAUACAUAAGGCAAAAGGUAGCAUACGUCUGAUGUAUUACAAUAUAUGUAUGUCACACCUACUUAUUUUCAUUAUAUCUAUAAUGUACUUUGACUAAUCAUAAUUGUUGAUUAUUAUUUUUUUCAUUUAAUUGAUUUAUGGUUUGAACUUGAGUAGACAAUCAAGACCUAUGAUUCAGCCAUUAAAUAUUAUUCUAUUGUAUUGUGUCACGAACACUAAUUAAUCCAUGAUUCAGAUAGCGAAACUUGUUAGAGUAAGCUAAAUUGAACCAUAUAUAUGACAAAAGGUAGAUCUAAGCAUCUAGCUAGCUAAUAAGAUUAUUCUAGGUAGUUCCCACCCCAUGAAAAAGGCAUCUCGUGAAUUUUACGCCUCAGAAUUUGUUUUCUUUCCUUUCGAAAGUGAGCGACGGCAAAGGAACUUUCGUUGUGUCUUCUAUGAAACAUGAGGAACUAAUUGGUUCCUUGUUUGUCAAGAAACUCAGACCAGCAGCUUAGUUACAAUAUUAUUCCCAUAUCCAUGCAAGGUGAUAGUCUCAAGAAUAUUUGGUCCACACUCGGAGAUGGUUACACAUAUCUAUAUAGCUCGAUUUUCUACAUCAAAUUCAGGAUGCCAUUGGUACGUAACGUUUGUUUUUGGUAUAGAUGAAAUUUUUAUAGUUUACGAGCGUACAAAAAUUCUCAUUUAAGACCUAUGCAUGCACUCGUAAUUUUCAAGUCAAAUGCUAAGAUCUAUCAAGAACUUAAAACCUCACAUGUUGAAUUAAACGCUAAGACUUACCGAGAGUUAAAAAAAAUUUGACAAAAUCGGUCGAGCCAUUGCAUUAAUGUCAUGAUCAAACCCUGAUUUUGGUGUUUUCUAUUUUCCUUAUAAGUAUUCGUUUAAUAUUGAUAUUUAUGAAGGAGAAUAAUAUUGUAUAUUUCCCAUGACCAAUCAAAACAACCAGCGCCAAGUUGGGGAAUUCCAGAAAUUCGAGUAUAUAUACAAAAAAGAUAAUGCAUGAAUGAGUCACCAUAAAAAACAAAAAAAACCAUAAAGCUAGCAAAUGGAUAUAUGGACACCAAAAAAACAAAAUAAUAAAUAAAUAAAUAAGCUAUCAUCUUUCGUUUUCCAUAAAUUUUUCAUACUGCACUUGCCAAAUAUAAAUUCCACCUGCCUCCCAUCCCAAUGAAAAAGAUGGCAAAGAAAAGAAAAGACCCUAUCGCUAUUCUAUGCGUGUCCAAACGUACAUCGCAGGGUACCAAACUACAAAAUCCUCUCUCAAUCCCAAGGGCUCUGCGGAUCAGAUGCCAAACCUCUAUCCUAUGUAGAUCCUCUCAUCGGGAGGAUGGAUGAGGAACGUGAAAUCUUACCAAAUAUAAAAUACAUAAGGCGUUAAUUUAAUAUAUAAAUUACAACAUUAAUAUGUAUAACUUAACAAAAAUAUAUAGAUGCCACCCCAAAUAAUAUUAUUUAAGACAAUUAUAAGCACUAAACUACGGUUUAAAUUACAAAAUUUAGCAACGACAUGCUCAAAAUUAUUAAAUAAAUUGCCAACAAAAAUAAUGCAUCGUGUUCUUCAAUAUUAUGAUAAGUAUAAAAUGAAUGUCUCUAAAUAAUGGAAAAAUUAUUAAAUUUAUUUGGUAUAUAUUCAAAAUUAUCUUUGAAUAUAUAAAUGUAUAAGUUGAAUUAAAUUUACCUAGUUUGAAAUUAAAGUAUGUAAGAAAACAAAGCAUGAAAGAUAAGUGACUAAAUUUUAAUAUUUUUUUACAAAAAAUUCAACUUAAAAGACAAAUAAUAGUAAAAUGAUAAAAAAAACUAGUGUUAUUGGGUAUCAAACCCACAACCUCCACUACAAUCAAAUACAACUUUUUCGCUGAACUAGAAGCACCAAUUUUUACAUUAAAAUUGCACAAUAAUAUUAUAUAAAAACGGAUUUGAAUUAAUAUGUAAUUUCAAUAUUCUGAUCGUAUUUUUACAAGAUCUGCUUCAGGAGUAUGAGAUUUUAAGUGGCCAAAGGGUGAACCUAGCGAAGUCAGCUGUCUGCUUUAGCCGGAAUUUAGAGGAGCAGCAAUGUGCGGACAUGGCGCAGUGUCUAGGAGUUGGGGCUGUUGGGGUUUAGGACAAAUAUCUUGGCCUGCCUACCCUGAUUUCUAGAUCUAAGGCCGAUACUUUUCGCUAUUUGGAGGAAAAAUUGCUCCAGAAAUUACAAAGGUGGAAACAACGACAUCUCUCCUUGGCGGCAAAGGAAACUCUUCUGAAAUCCGUGGUUGCGGCUACCGAUUCAUGUGAUGUCAUGCUUCAAGCUCCCGCUUUCACUGUGUCAAACGUUGGACAAACAUUUGGCUCGGUUUUGGUGGGGAGCUCAGGAAGGGAAAAACCGGAUUCAUUGGAUUUCAUGGAGGAAUUUAUGCCGAAGCAAACAUGAUGGUGGCCUUGGGUUCCAACGUUUUGAGCAAUUUAAUCAGGCUUUGCUGGUCAAGAUGGGAUGGCGGAUUUUGGAGGACUCAGACUCGCUACUAGACCGUCGUGGGGCUGCCAAGGUGUCCUUUAUGGGUGUGACUUGCUGCGCCAUGGAUUGCGGUGGCAAGUCGGGUCUAGAGAAGUGAUUCCUGUGAUGGGGUGUAUUGGAUACCUGGCAUGCAGUGGGAUCAGGUGCAGGUUAAGCCUACGGCGCAUCUGAUUGGGGCCGAGACUGUAUCGGGUCUAAGGGCAUCGAAGAAUGGUGGGUAGUGCCUGGAGUGCUUGCAAAACUGUUUUCCGUCUAAGGAGAUCGCUGCAAUUUUGGCAAUUCCGCUUCCUACGGUACCCAUGGAGGACUUGAUGAUUUGGCAGGAGGAUGCCUCGGGUGGGUCCACUGUCAAGUCAGGAUAUCACUUGGCGAUUCGGUGUAGUCGGGCUAGAGAUAGCUGGAAAUCAGAGGUCAGUUGGAUGGAUUGGAAACUAUGGAUGGAGAUUUGGGGGUACCCUAUUGAGCCUAAGCUUCGGUUCUUCCUCUGGCAGGUUUUCAGUCGUAUCUUGCCAACUACUGAGAAAUUGAUAUCCAAAAAGAUGCAGGUCCUGCCGAGGUGCCCCGUAUGCUGGGCGGAAAAGGAAACGGUAGAACAUUUGCUGUUAUUCUGUCCGGUAGCGGUAGCCUUAUGAGAUGCUGCGGGUUUGUGACAGUCCUUGUAUUUACAUUCGACAUCUCACAUUGACAUCUUUCUUCGGCGAUUAUUCUCAGCGAAUGGGACGCCGGAUAUGGUAGUACGAGUCGUGGCUCUUCUCUCAUCUCUGGCGGAUUUGGAAGGCACGGGACUGGGUAGUGUUUGAGGGUAAGCAAGUGCUCAUCUCUGUGCUGACAGCCCAGUUUCAUGCACAAGUCGCAGAGUGGAUGGCGACUCUAGGGCCGCCACCUAUCCCUUUACGAGAUGUUGGUGGAUCGUCGACGCAUAUGCAGGGUAUUUCGCAGUUGCCACCGCCCACCAGGUCAAGUGUGCUACUUUGAUGGGGCAGUUAGGGCAGGUUAGCGGUCAGACAUGGGAAUGGUACUUUGUGACUCAACAGGGGCGUUCGUCAGUGCGAGAGGCGGUUGGCUUCAAGGUGUGUCAAGGCCAGCUAUGGUGGAAUUGGUAGCGUUGCGAGAGUCCGUUCGGUGGUGUGUCAGCGCGGGAUUUACGACAAUGCUUCUGGCAGGUGAUGCAAAGGGGAUCAUUGAUAAAGUCAGAGUAGGAGUGGUAAAUGAUGCGCUAGGUGCAGCUAUUUUGCAGGAAAUCAAGUGGAUGCUCCGAGAUAAUCCGGGAUUCUCAGUGCACUUUGUAGGCAGACAGAAUAAUAGGGCAGCCCAUUUAGUGGCUAGAAAAGCCCUCUCUUUGUCUCUACGUACUUUGAGCAGUUUCAAUUUUUGCGCUUGGCUUCAUUUGGAGUUUUAAACGUUGUAUCUUUGUUGUUCUUGGUAAUGCAAGCUAUCUUUUGUAUAAAAAAAAUACAUGAUCUUCAAAAUUCUCGUGGGGCAGGGCCCUCAACUCCCAACGUAGCUCCGUCACAUGGUGGCCGACGGCAAUGGCUUUGGUGGUGGCGGCGGCUCCGAUAGAUGAUUUCUCCUACUAGCUGCGGACGCCUUGUUUUCCAAACUGUAGUUCGUCAAUUUUCUUGUUUUCUCUUCAACGACUAGCAAUCAGUACUCUCUCCUUUAUUUUUGAAAAUAUUCGUUUCUAAUCUUAAUUAUUUGUUGGGUCAUUUCGUAAAAUUAGGGGUCCUAGACCUGCCUAAGCAUGUGCUCAAGCCUCAAAUAACCAGAGUGUUUAAAAGAAAGCAGCUAAUCACAGGCCUCCAUAUGCACACAGAAGCGAGUUUAGUCAUAAAUUGAAAAUUGAUUUUUUUUAAAAUAAUAUUUUUGGCUGGAUAAAAUAAUUAAGAAUUUUUUAUAAAAAAUAAUGAAGUGGGUUGUCUUGAUCAAGCCAGAAGAUUUAUUUAUCACUCAGCCUUAUUGUGGUUAGAAUUUUUGGUUGAUUGAAUAACAUGCAAUAUAUUAUCAAAUAUUUAUAAAUUAUUCGUAAAAAAAUCUAUUGAUAAAAAUUCAUGAAUAAAUACACAUAAAUUUUUUUAAAAUAAUUUUGAAAAAUUGCG